AUGAUGAACCUCCUGAUGAUGCUGGUGAUCCAGAUAGUCAUGAUCCAGAUUCAGAGAAGUUUUCUCUGCAAGGUAUGUACAGUCAUGAAACAGUGUAAAGUACUCUCAAACCCUUACUUCUCCUGUCAACAGUGUCGGUAGAUGUGUUAACUAAAAAGUGGGUAUGACUUGCUAGACUCCUCAUCAGCCAGGUUGAAACCAGAUCAAUAAAGCUUUUGGCUUCAAGGGAGUAUUACAUGCAACUUUGCUGUGUUCUGGGCUCUCCUGUCGGGAAAAUUACUGGUCAACGAACUUAGGUGUGUGUUACUCAAAGGAGCAAUUGGAGACCCUGAUUUUUGCUUUGGAGGUGAUUAGACUCGUCAGAGAAAUAUGAAGUUCUGCCUUAAAAGACCUGAUCGUUUUUUUAUGUUAGAUGUAAGAAUGAAUCAUUUCGGCAAUGUAGAAAGAGACACAGCUGACAUGAAAUUGUUAUAUUUGCCACCAACUGCAAAGAAGACCAUGGCAAUCAUACAGCAAUUUACUCUACAAUUUUUUUUUUUCCAAAAUUUUUUUUAAUAUAAGAAAAUACAUCCACAGUCUUAGAAUGAUUCAAACUGUUGAUGAUAACAAAGGGCUCAGCAUAUUUCUCUUUUGCAACAGCUUGGGGCCACUUUCUCCAGCACAUUGAAUAUUUGAUCUACAUGUACUUGUAGAUCCCCUCAUCUUGUGUGUGAUGUGUAAUAAUUCUUUCACCCUUAAGUCACUGUUGAUAAGGUUUCUGUUAGUCCUCUAUCUUGGAUUUCAAUUCACUAGCCCAGCUACUGCGUAAAAGUUGCUCCUAAUUAGAGGAGUUCAUCUCUCAUCUGGAGAAUUUAUUUUCCAGUUAUGUCCUCUUUGUCCUACAACCCAAGGCCAGAUCAGGACCAGUUAGUGUGUUUACAAACUUGAUCAAAUAGAUAAAUGUGAAACAGUGAAAUUGUCAAAUCCCUUUUUUUUUACAAGUUUUAUAAACAAACUAAUUUGUUUCUCAGAAGGUGAAAAGUGUGAGGAAGACUCCAUUGGAGUUCCAACCAGGGAAAAAAACUCCAAGACAGUUACUGAUGCUGAGGCCGCAGAAAUGGGCCAAGUCUUACAAGACAUGAGGUCUCUAGCUCUAGGCAUACAAGAGGAACAAGAUAGACAACUCCAACAACUGGACCUACUGUCUGACUCAGUUGACAAAGCUUACGAGAGAAUCAGAACUGAUGUGCGCCAGGUCAAUAAACUCACUUUAUUUGGAAUAUGA